CUCCCUCCUCUCCGCAUCUCUAUAAACCCCUCUCUCUCUCUCUUUAUAUAUAAAAAAAAAUGAGCUGCAAUGGCUGCAGAGUCCUCCGCAAAGGCUGCGUCGAUAACUGCACCCUCAGACCCUGCCUCGAUUGGAUCGAAUCACCCGAAUCUCAAGCCAACGCCACUCUCUUCCUCGCCAAAUUCUACGGCCGCGCCGGCCUCAUCAACCUCAUCAAAUCCGGCCCCAACCACCUCCGUCCAGAAAUUUUCAAGUCGCUCUUGUACGAGGCCUGCGGCCGGAUCAUCAACCCCGUCCACGGCUCGGUCGGCCUGAUGUGCUCCGGCGACUGGCCGCGGUGCCAGGAGGCGGUGGAGGCAGUCCUCCUUGGCAAGCCGCUCGCCGCCUCCGACGAGCUGCAGAGCUGCGACAUCCGCCACCUCUCCAAGGACGCUCGCCGCGGCCGGAUCCGGAGCAGGUCGAAGAGGGACGCGGAGAGCCGAGCCGACUCGUCGUAUGCGGCGGCCGAGGCGAAGUUCACGAUCACGGGAUGGGAUGAGGUGAAGAGAGCGCGGAGCCACGAUUCGUACUCGGUUGAAACGGUCGAGCCGGCUUUGGUGAACCGGGGUGGUGUUAAACCGGAGCCCGAGGAGAUCGGGCUGGAGUUGACCUUGGGAGGCCCGAAUUUUGUCAUGGGUGCAGUCAUAGAGAUUUCCGACGCUCAAAAUUAAAUUUACUAGUACAAAAAACCCCAGUUUUGGAGGAGUAGUGUUUUUUUUUUUUUGGGAAAACAAAGAAUUAAUGUAGAUUUUAGAAGAAUUGUAGUAGUAAAAUGCAUGAAGUAUCUCAUUUUUUGUUGGGAAAUGAGGUAGUUUUCUAGCAAGAAUUGGGGAGUUUUAGUGUAUAUUUGAUUGUGAAAUAAUUGAUGUUUUGAAUAUAAACAUGAUGGCAACUUGUAAUGUUGAUGAA